AUGUCUGUCUCUAUUGAAACCAACGACAUUGCCCCCGUCGCUCUUCCCACACAGGCGGCCCCUUGUCUCGGCUCCAAGAACAGAAUGCCUGAGUUCAGCUUGGCUGGAAAGGUCGUCUGUGUUUCCGGUGCUGCCCGUGGCCUUGGUCUGACUCAGGCUGAAGCGCUUUUGGAGGCUGGGGCCAAGGUAUAUGCUUUGGACCGCCUAGCAGAACCCGUAAUCUACGAAAUCCAAAAACGGGCCAAGGAGGAGUUGGGGACGGAGCUGCAAUACCGUCGCAUUGAUGUCCGUGACACCGAACUUCUCGACAGUACUAUCGAAGCCAUCGCCGAUACCGAGGGUCGCCUGGAUGGAUUGGUCGCUGCGGCAGGCAUUCAACAGGAGACCCCAGCUCUCGAGUAUACGGCCCAGGACGCCAACACAAUGUUUGAAGUCAACGUCACUGGUGUAUUCAUGACCUCCAAGGCAGUUGCUAAGCAAAUGAUUCGUUUCGGCAAUGGAGGUAGCAUCGCACUAAUUGCGAGCAUGAGUGGUACUAUUGCCAAUCGGGGUCUUAUUUGUCCUGCUUACAACGCUAGCAAGGCUGCCGUGAUUCAACUUGCCCGUAACCUCGCCAUGGAGUGGGGCCAGUACAACAUUCGAGUCAACACCAUCUCGCCCGGCUAUAUUGUUACUGCCAUGGUUGAGAAGCUCUUCGUCGAGUUCCCGGAGCGUCGCGAGGAAUGGCCCAAGCAUAACAUGCUCGGACGUCUGUCUACCCCUAACGAGUACCGUGGCGCUGCCGUCUUCCUUCUCAGCGACGCCAGCAGCUUUAUGACUGGAAGCGAUCUACGCAUGGACGGAGGUCACGCCGCUUGGUAGAUGACAUUUGGAUGGCUCUUUCCUUUUUUUCCUUUGCAUACUCUAUUUUCCUAUUAUCAUUUCUAUUGCAUGGCGUCGGGAAAGCAAGCGUGAUCGGAUUUGGAAUUGAUGGUCUUAUCAUGAUUCUUGUGUUUUGGCCGAUAGGACAAGAUUCGGUUGGUGUUUCAGCGUUGCAGUCACUGGAUCAGGUCUUAGUCGAUUAAGUAGAGCGACAUUGUACCUAUACAUAAUGCAUGAGACUUA